AUGAAAUCAGCCGUGAGCCUGAGUCGCCGAGUGAGAUCGCGAAGCAGCCGGAGCAGCAGCCGGAGCGGACGGCGGCGGCAUGGCAGUCAGGGACGCAGAGACGCCAGCGGCGGCCGCUCGGGGAGCAGCCAGAGGCGCGGCCCGGGGAGCAGCAGCCAGGGCCAGGCGCGCAGCCCCAGCGCCCAGAGGCGCCGCUCGGGGAGCCAGAGCCGGCGCUCGGGUGGCAGCAGCGGGCAGAGGCGGGCCGGCAGCCAGAGCCGCCGCAGCAGCGCGGGGCGCUCGGGGCGCUCCGGGAGCCAGGGGCGCAGCAGCGCGCGGAGCCAGGGCCGGCGCGCGGGGAGCCAGAGCCGUGCGCACGGGCAUCAGGUUCCUCCGGGGCAGCGCGCGGGGCGCGCGGGGGCGCGGACACGCGGGUUCGGCUUCGGCUUCGGCUUCGGCUUCGGAGGGCGCCGCGGGAGCGACCCCCGGACCCGCGGCGGCGGCGGGCAACGGCGCGGCGGCGUGGCCAAGGGCAAGGGCCGCCACCGCCGGGCGCGCAACGCCCUGAGCACCGUGGAGCCGCACCGGCACGAAGGCGUCUUCAUCUACCGCGGCAGUGCCGAAGCCCUGGUCACGCUGAACCUGGUGCCGGGCCAGUCGGUGUACGGCGAGCGGCGUGUGACGGUGCGCCAGGGCGCCCUGGGCAGCGUGGAGUACCGCCUGUGGGACCCGUUCCGCUCCAAGCUGGCCGCGGCCAUCCUGGGUGGCGUGGCGCGCAUCCACAUCAAGCCGCGCGCCAAGGUGCUGUACCUGGGCGCCGCGUCGGGCACCACCGUGUCGCACGUGUCGGACAUCAUCGGGCCCGAGGGCCUGGUGUACGCCGUGGAGUUCUCGCGCCGCACGGGCCGCGACCUGGUGCAUGUGGCCAGCCGGCGCGCCAACAUCGUGCCCGUGCUGGAGGACGCGCGCCACCCGCUCAAGUACCGCAUGCUCAUCGGCAUGGUGGACGUGCUCUUCGCCGACGUGGCGCAGCCCGACCAGUCGCGCAUCGUGGCCCUCAACGCGCACUCCUUCCUGCGCAACGGCGGCCACUUCCUCAUGUCCAUCAAGGCCAACUGCAUCGACUCGGCCGCCGCUCCCGAGGCCGUCUUCGCCGCCGAGGUGCGCAAGCUGCAGCGCGAGAACCUGCGGCCACAGGAGCAGCUCACGCUCGAGCCCUACGAGCGGGACCACGCCGUGGUCAUCGGGGUCUAUCGGCCCACCCCGCCCAGCCCCAGCCCCAGCCCGAGUAGCAGCGACUAGACUCCCAGCGCCGAACCCCAGCCCCCCGAAACCCCGCACACGGGUUCUCUCCCUAUCCCCAAAGA